AUGGCUCCGUCGAGGCCAUCAAUUUCGUGGCUUUCUUCCACGCUCGCCGUUUACGCAAUUCUGUGCCUCUCCAUCCCAGCAAACGCCCUCUACUUUUACGUGGACGGCCGUCAAACAAGAUGUUUCUACGAGGAGCUUCCAAAGGACACUCUUGUAGUCGGAACCUACUCAAGUGAAGUCAUCGAUCAAACGGCCAACACGGGUACAUACGCCCCCGACCAAUCGAUGAAGAUGCUCAUCACGGUCGACGAAGUCUUCGACAAUGACCACCGUGUCGUCAACAAGCGCGACGCCCACGCCGGUCGAUUCACUUUCUCCGCCGCCGACCCAGGAAACCACAAGAUCUGCCUCACGCCCGAGACGAACGCUGCUACCGGUGGGUGGCUCUCCGGUGCGCCUGCUGGCGCUGUCAGGGUCACCCUGGACAUGGCAAUCGGCGAGACGAGCAAGAUCGAGAGCGAGGAUAAGGGGAAGAUGACGGAUUUGGUGCAGCGGGUCAAGGACUUGAACAGUCGGUUGCAGGAUAUUAGGCGCGAGCAGGUGUUCCAGCGGGAACGCGAGGCUGAAUUCCGUGAUCAAUCCGAGGCGACUAACUCCCGUGUUGUCCGCUGGGCUUUGAUGCAGCUCGCUGUGCUUUCUGUUGCGUGUGCCUGGCAAUUAUCUCACCUCCGGUCGUUCUUCAUCAAGCAGAAGUUGACCUAA